UCCAAAGAGAUCCUAGCUUUUGGUUUACUAGAUCAUGAAAACAAACAAUUCCCAUAGCUCAUGAGUAGGGGUAGAGAGAUAGAGAUACCAAGUCCAUCCCAAUCCCAUGCGUCCAAGUUUCCAACUUUACACCAUAACCUAUACCCCACCCUCCACCCUUUUCCUUUCCAGAUAUACAAACCAGCAUAAAACCUCCAUCAGGCCCAGACAUAUUGAACCUUAAGGAACUAAACCCUUCUCUCUCUCUCUCUCUCUCUCUUCUUUCUGCAACAGCAACUACAGUCCCAGCAGAGACUGAGAUACCUUUCAGUGCAUAUAAAGAAAUAAAAAACACAGCCUCUUUCUCUCUCACUGUUGUAUUUCAGCACUGCUCUUUCUCAUUCUUGCGCAUGAAACCAUCUCACUCUUAAUCGCAUCAUGGAACAGUCAGAACACCCUAAUGCUACCAGCAAAUGCAACAACAAAACUGGGAGUUUCAAACCCAGGAUUAACCCUCAUCACCACCACCACCACCACCACCAUGUUCAUCACCAAUAUCAGCAUCACCAGCUAUGGCAGUACUCAAAUCAAUAUGCCUUUUGUAACCAAAACCACUUCCAAACAUGCUAUCCUCUUAUUCUUCCCCUUCCCCUUCCUCUUCCUCCUCCUAUUCCUCUGCAGCUCGCACUAGCUCCUCCGCUUCCUACUAAUAGAGCCACUAGACCAAAACCCCACUCGCAGAAGCCUUCCUGCAAGCUCAAUAACCCUCCUCUUGCGGCCACCGCUGAUACCCAUGUCCCAAUAUUAAAGAUUUCCCCAGCUUCAAAAGGGCUUCGACUGAAAAGCAGUUUACCACAUAAAGGAGGAAAUGGAAAGGUGAGUGAAAGUAAACCAGAGGUAUUAGUGGCUGCGAGUAGACCAGAUUCUGGAGGUGUAGAAGGGCCUGUUAUUCCUCUUUUAGCCAACCAUUUCUUAGUCAAAUUUGACCCUUCUCAACGAAUUUACCAUUACAAUGUAGAAAUCUCUCCUAACCCUUCAAAAGAAGUUGCCAGAAUGAUCAAACAAAAGCUUGUAGAGGAGAACUCGGAUUUGCUCUCUGGGGCCUCCCCUGCCUAUGAUGGCCGCAAGAAUCUUUACAGCCCAAUUGAGUUUGUACAAGAUAGGCUUGAGUUCUAUGUCAGCCUUCCAAUUCCCUCCAGCAAAAUGAAAGUUCCUGGAGGAGAGAUUCAACAUAAACAAGAAUUCAAACUCUUCAGGAUAAGCAUUAAACUUGUCUCGAAAUUUGAUGGGAUGGAACUGAAUAGAUACUUAACUAAUGAAGGAGAUGAUUGGAUUCCAAUUCCUCAGGAUUAUCUUCAUGCUUUAGAUGUUGUAAUGAGGGAAGGUCCAAAUGAGAAAUGCAUCACUGUGGGAAGAUCUCUGUAUUCAAGUUCAGCAUGGGGAGCCAAAGAAAUUGGGGGAGGCGUUGUUGGUUUGAGAGGCUUUUUCCAAAGCCUUAGACCCACUCAGCAAGGCUUGGCUAUGAAUGUAGAUUGCUCUGUCACUGCUUUCCAUGAAAGUAUUGGAGUUAUUCCUUAUUUGCAGAAGCGUCUUGAUUGUCUUAGAGACCUUACUCAAAGGAAGACAAGAGGCCUAAACAUCGAAGAAAGGAGAGAAGUGGAGAAGGCUUUGAAGCAUAUCAGAGUUUUUGUUUGUCAUAGAGAGAGUGUUCAAAGAUAUAGAGUUUAUGGCCUAACAGAUGAACCUACUGAGGGUCUCUGGUUUGCUGAUAGGAAUGGGAAGAAUCUAAGAUUGGUGGGGUACUUCAAAGAUCAUUACAACUAUGAUAUUCAAUACAGGAAUUUGCCUUGUUUGCAGAUUAGUAGGAGUAAGCCAUGUUAUCUUCCUAUGGAGCUUUGUAUGAUUUGUGAAGGACAGAAGUUUCUCGGGAAGCUUUCGGACAAACAGACCGCAAGAAUGCUUAAGAUGGGCUGCCAGAGGCCAAAGGAAAGGAAAGCUAAUAUAGAUGGUGUCAUGCAAGGUCCUCUUGGGCCAAACAGUGGCAUCCAUGGACGAGAAUUCAGCCUCGAAGUUUCAAGGGAAAUGACCAAAUUAAAUGGAAGAGUUCUUCAACCUCCCAAGUUAAAGCUUGGCGACGGUGGCCAAAUUCGUGAUCUUAUUCCCUCCCGUCCCGACCGCCAGUGGAACCUCGUUGAUUGUCACGUUUUCGAGGGAACAAGAAUUGAGAGAUGGGGAUUAAUAAGUUUCAGCAGUAGCCCAGAUCAGAGAUUGAGCAUUCCAAGAUUCAUUAACCAGCUCUCUAGAAGAUGUGAACAAUUAGGCAUAUUUCUCAACAGUAAAACAAUCGUCCCUCCUCAAUUUGAACCAACACAAGUGCUUAACAGUGUCUCACUGUUAGAAUCUAAGCUUAAGAUGAUCCAUGGAGCUGCAUCUAACAAUCUUCAGCUCUUGAUCUGUGUGAUGGAACGAAAACACAAAGGCUAUGCAGAUUUGAAACGCAUUGCUGAGACGAGCAUUGGCGUUGUAAGUCAAUGCUGUCUCUAUCCAAAUCUUGCCAAGUUAAGCUCCCAAUUUUUGGCUAACUUGGCUCUUAAGAUUAACGCCAAGGUUGGUGGUUGCACUGUUGCUUUAUACAAUUCAUUACCUUCCCAAGUACCUCGCCUGCUUCAAACCGACAAGCCUGUGAUCUUCAUGGGCGCCGAUGUAACUCAUCCCCAUCCCUUGGAUGAUUUUAGCCCCUCCGUAGCUGCUGUAGUUGGUAGCAUGAAUUGGCCAGCAGCAAACAAGUAUGCCUCAAGAAUGAGAUCACAAACACACAGACAAGAAAUUAUUGUCGAUCUUGGCGCAAUGGUCGAAGAGCUGCUGGAGGAAUUUUAUCAAGAACUGAACGAACUACCACGGCGAAUCAUAUUUUUCAGAGAUGGUGUGAGUGAAACACAGUUCUACAAAGUUCUACAAAAGGAAUUGCAGGCUAUUAAAGCAGCCUGCUCUAGAUUCCACAAUUACAAGCCUCCUAUAACUUUUGCUGUGGUUCAGAAGAGGCAUCACACUAGAUUGUUCCCAUUCAAAAUCGAUCCUUCGUCGAAUCAAAGUGAGGUUCUUGAUGAAAAUAUUCCUCCCGGGACGGUUGUCGAUUCUGUAAUUACGCACCCGAAGGAGUUCGAUUUCUAUCUCUGCAGCCAUUGGGGCGUUAAAGGAACAAGUAGGCCUACACAUUACCAUGUACUCUGUGAUGAGAACCACUUCACUUCUGAUGAACUACAAAAGCUAGUUUACAACUUAUGCUACACUUAUAACAGGUGCACCAAGCCUGUUUCACUAGUUCCUCCAGCAUAUUAUGCUCAUCUGGCCGCUUAUCGAGGCAGACUUUACCUCGAACGAUCAGAUUAUUCCAUGGCUCAUACUCGAGGCGUUAACACCGUCUCUCGAGCUGCCCCUCCAAAAACAAUGCCUCUACCCAAACUUAGUGAAAAUGUUAAGAAACUCAUGUUUUACUGUUGAUUUUUGUUGUAGUUUCUAUCAAAGUAUGAUUAAAUCAGAAGUUCUUCACUUCAUAAAUUAUUGUCCUAUUA